GGAUUAUCUGGAACACAUAACAGCCAUUGGCCCCAGGACUACAGGAAGUGCAGAAAAUGAAAUUCUGACAGUACAAUACCUUUUGGAGCAGAUCAAACUGAUUGAAAGACAAAGCAGCAGCCUUCAUAGAAUUUCAGUGGACAUACAAAGGCCUACAGGCUCCUUCAGCAUUGACUUCUUGGGAGGUUUUACAAGCUACUAUGACAACAUUACUAAUGUUGUGGUAAAGCUGGAACCCCGAAGUGGAGCCCAGCAUGCUGUCCUGGCUAACUGUCAUUUUGACUCCGUGGCAAAUUCACCAGGUGCCAGUGAUGACGCGGUUAGCUGUGCAGUGAUGCUCGAAGUUCUCCGUGGCAUGUCAGUGUCAUCAGAACCCUUGCAGCAUGCUGUGGUGUUUCUCUUCAACGGUGCGGAGGAAAAUGUCUUGCAAGCCAGUCAUGGUUUUAUUACUCAACAUCCCUGGGCCAGUUUGAUUCGUGCAUUUAUUAACCUGGAGGCAGCAGGUGUAGGAGGGAAAGAACUUGUGUUCCAAACAGGCCCUGAAAAUCCUUGGCUGGUCCAAGCUUAUGUCUCAGCAGCUAAGCACCCAUUUGCUUCCGUGGUGGCUCAGGAGGUUUUUCAGAGUGGAAUCAUUCCUUCUGACACUGACUUCCGGAUCUACAGGGACUUUGGAAACAUUCCAGGAAUAGAUUUAGCUUUUAUUGAAAAUGGAUACAUAUAUCACACCAAGUAUGACACAGCGGACAGAAUUCUCAUAGAUUCCAUUCAGAGAGCAGGUGACAACAUUUUAGCAGUUCUUAAAUAUCUAGCUACAUCUGACAUGCUGGCCUCUUCGUCUGAGUAUCGACAUGGGAACGUGGUCUUCUUUGAUGUGUUCGGCCUGCUUGUCAUCGCAUAUCCUUCUCGUGUUGGCACAAUAAUAAACUACAUGGCUGUUACGGCUGCUGUUUUGUACCUGGGGAAAAAACUGCUGCAGCCCAAACACAGGAAUGCUGACUACACGAGAGACUUCUUGUGUGGACUUGCCAUCACUUUCAUUAGCUGGUUCACUAGCCUUGUUACAGUUCUUAUUAUAGCAGUGUUCGUCUCUCUCAUUGGACAGUCUCUCUCAUGGUACAACCACUUUUAUGUUGCUGUUUGCCUGUAUGGAACUGCAACAGUGGCUAAAAUAAUACUCAUACAUACCCUUGCAAAAAGAUUUUAUUAUGUGAAUGUCAGCAACCAGUAUCUGGGAGAAGUGUUUUUUGACACCUCAUUGUUUGUGCAUUGUGGCUUUCUUGUUGUUCUCACUUACCAAGGAUUUUGCUCUGCAUUCAUAAGUGCUAUCUGGGUAGCAUUUCCAUUGUUCACAAAGCUUUGCGUGUACAAGGACUUCAAGAAGCACGGUGCCCAAGGAAGAUUGAUUGCCUUUUACCUUUUGGGGAUGUCUAUCCCAUAUCUUUAUGGACUGUACCUCAUCUGGGCUGUAUUCGAGAUGUUUACUCCUAUCCUUGGAAGAAGCGGUUCGGAAAUCCCUCCUGAUGUUGUGCUAGCCUCCAUUCUGGCUGUCUGUGUGAUGAUUCUCUCCUCCUAUUUUAUUAAAUUCAUCUACCUUGUGAAAAGCACAAAGAAAACCAUGCUGACUCUAACAAUGGUGUGCGCAGUCACACUCCUCCUCGUCUGCGGUGGAGUCUUUUUCCCAUACAGCUCCAAUCCUGCGAGUCCAAAGCCAAAGAGAGUGUUCCUUCAGCACAUGAGUAGAACUUUUCAUAAUUUGGAAGGAAAUGUAGUAAAAAGAGACUCUGGAAUAUGGAUCAAUGGGUUUGAUUAUACUGGGAUGUCUCACGUAACACCUCACAUUCCUGAGAUCAAUGAUACAAUCCGAGCUCACUGUGAGGAGAAUGCCCCACUCUGUGGCUUCCCUUGGUAUCUUCCAGUGCACUUUCUGAUCAGGAAAAAUUGGUAUCUUCCGGCUCCAGAAAUUUCUCCAAGAAAUCCUGCACAUUUCAGACUUAUAUCCAAAGAGAAGACACCAUGGGGUUCUAUAAAAUUGACCUUUGAAGCAACAGGACCAAGCCAUAUGUCUUUCUAUGUUCGAACCCACAAAGGAUCAACGCUGUCUCAGUGGUCUCUUGGCAAUGGCAUUCCAGUCACAAGCAGAGGAGGGGACUACUUUGUGUUUUAUUCCCAUGGACUCCAGGCCUCUGCAUGGCAGUUCUGGAUAGAAGUACAGCAGGUGUCAGAAGAACAGCCAGAAGGAAUGGUCACGGUGGCCAUUGCUGCCCACUAUCUAUCAGGGGAAGACAAGAGAUCUUCUCAGCUCGAUGCUCUGAAAGAGAAGUUCCCAGAUUGGACAUUUCCCUCUGCGUGGGUUUGCACCUACAGCCUUUUUGUGUUUUAAUUGCGUGGAUGGGCUUUGAGUACAUGCCCCUUAGACAUUCCAUGGGACAGUUUCUCUCCCAUGUUAUAUGGAUAUAUGUAACACAAGUCAAUGAGUUUUAGUGAGCGUAUGUUCAAAGAGCUUCUGGGAUAAUACUCUUCAGGGACAAGUACCAUAUGGGUUAAACUUUGGGAUAGUGAUGUCUGGCCUUUUUGUCACUUGAAAAUUCCAGUUUUCAGGCACUUUUAAGCACAUGUGGAUACUGCCUUUUAUACAUGUUAGUUGUAUGACUGUAAGGACUCAGCAACAUAGCACUUCAGUAGCUUUCCUUUGAGGAACAGUUAGACUACUGUUAAUGAAAUAGGUAAGUCCACUGUUGUCAGUGGAUGGUGGGUAAAAUACCAUUCCCUGGGAUAGUGGCUCUCGCCUGUAAAAAGUGACUGCCAUGAAGAAGGAAGUCCCGAGAGCUACAUUUCUUUAUGUCUGUUCUGAAGCUUGAGCCAUGGGCCUGACUCCAAGCUCUGAAAGCCACUUCUGGACCGCUUUCCUGAGGUAGCAUUCGUCGUCGGCUUUCCCCUCAAAAUGCUCCUGUCAUUUAGGGAGAGAACAUUUUUCAGCUACAUUCCCUUCUCACAGUUCAUGGGUUGCUUUAUUUGUGCAAUUUAAGACAGAACACCGAGUUGCCAGCAUGGCUCUUCUGAGGUAGAAGAGGAGGAGGGUGGGGUGUUCUAUAUAGUAUUUAUUCUCUUCAUUUUAUAGGCAUCCUCUGUUAUACAAGGUCAAUCCUUUACAACAUAAUUUAUUGCUGCAUUUUGUUUUCUGUUUUGUAGCAAGUGAAUAAGUUCUUAGAACUUGCUGUCUGUGAGAUUGGCUGUCCUGAUACUGAGGUUGUGGCUUACACAGGAAUGAGACAACUACACCUGAAUCUGUUAAGUGUUCAGACCCUGAGUAAAAGCAGCAGUAUGGUUUAAUGGUUUUCAUUUGGAAGCAGGGAUGCAGCCUGUGAAGUUUGCCACAGCAGUGCCUCUUGUGGCUUCUUUAGGUUCCAUCGGUGACAGAGACGAUGAGAUGAACAAUAAAAUAUGCUAGCUUCUUUUUUACAUUAACAAAAAAAAAAAAGACAAAAUUUGAGUUAGUCAACAAAUAUGAUCCAAAAUAUAGUUGAAAGAAAAGCCACAGUAAACCCAAAACAAAAUAAAAUAUACUUCUCAGGUAGGAACAGAAAGGUUUUUCUCAGAGUGGCCCUCAGAGCCAUCUGAAUUUCAGCAAGAGCAGAGUUAAGUGUGCAUUGCAGGAGAAAACUUUCUUAAAAUCGCUUGUGUGGCAGUCAGUUUCUAAUCAUGUUCCUUGUGUUGCCUGCUUAAUCUCUAACUCCUUAAAAACUGUCUGGACCCAUGCAGACAUGAGGGCUGCAGCUAGAGCUGGAUGCUAACGUCUGACUGUCAUAUGUACUGACACUGUAUAGUGGAGCCACUGGUUUUGAUGGACUUACAGAAAUCUUAUCUAACAGUGCUUCAAGUGUCUGGCUCUUGCUGUGUAUGCAUUGUUUGUCAGGUAGUACUUAACAUCUGCAGCCUGUAUAGAAUCACAGCUCAUGAAAAUAAUAGUGCUAAUAGCUAAAUGAACUUUAAAAUAUAGGCGGAUGUUCUGUUCCUGCUUUAAUCUAAAAUUGAUUACUAGAAAUUAGAGAAGGGGAAGCAAAACAUCAUGCUGAAGAAGCAUAUAAAAACAAGAUGUUCUCUGAUUUCUUUCCUUUUAGCAGGGUGUCUUUGUCCUUUUCGGCAUAAUCAUGGUUUUCCUUUUGCCUUUGGGUUAUUUCUCUAUGCAAACAGUUUUGAUUUUCUUUAACAUUAUGAAACUUUGAUAUUAUGCACCCAGUAACAAGAUGCUCAGUUUCAGGAACAUGCUUAAAGGCCAGAAAUAGUCAAGUAAUUAAUACAGUAUUCAUGGCUUUUAAUAAGCACACUAGGUAGUUAUCAGUAACCCCCUCUUUUAAAGAUUAUCUGAUCAUUUGAGUAAUUCACUUCUGAAAGUAUACUUUCAAGUUCUAAGUAAUGCAUUUCCCCCCUAAUGAGUAUAAAUAUAAGCAGCACAAUAGGGAGGAGUAUAAAGAACUGUGAUUUCACAGUUCUUAAUAUUUAAGAAUGAUUGAUCUUGUUCUACGAAGUGUUUUCCAGUUAGCAGCUGUAAUUAAAUGUCCAAGAUUCCCCAAGGUUUUACCAUGAAGGAGGUUGACCCACAAGCAGUGUACAUGAUUCAGGAAGCUGCUGGGAGAUUUGUUGAGGGUUAAUUGUUGCCUUACAAUGUUAUGAAAUAAACUUUUUUAACAUACUGGUUGGAAAAAAUGGAUUUUUACAACUGAUUUGAUUCUAUCAACAGUUUAAGGCUGUUUUAUAUCCCUAGUCUUUUUAUAUAAAAAAAUCUUUAAAAAGA